UUAUCAUUCCACCAGUGGCACUUCAUCACCGACGCUCACCCGUCCACCUGUCCCUCCUUUUCUUCAACCGAGGAAAUUAUUUGGAUUCAUCAUCUUUUAACGGAAGAUUUAAAAAAAAUAAAAUAAAAUGGCCAGCAGCUUCUCCAGACUCCUGACCUCCAAACGGAAGAUCGGGUUUCUGUCUCUGGUUGGAGGAUCAGUCACUGCUGGGUUUCUGCUCCACCGGGAUGUCAGCGCCGGAGUCCCGGUACGCAGGAGUUACCCCGCCAGUGCGGAGUACCCUGACCUGCGCAAACACAACAACUGCAUGGCCAGUCACCUGACACCUGCCAUCUAUGCCAAGCUGUGUGAUAAGGCUACUCCAAACGGUUACACACUGGACGAGGCCAUCCAGACCGGCGUGGACAACCCCGGGCACCCUUUCAUCAAGACCGUUGGCAUGGUGGCAGGAGACGAGGAGUCCUAUGAGGUUUUUGCAGACCUGCUAGACCCCAUCAUCAGAGAGAGGCACAACGGCUAUGACCCUCGGAUCAUGACGCACCCCACCGACCUGGACGCCAGCAAGAUCCAGUCAGGACAGUUUGACGAGCGUUACGUGUUGUCGUCCAGGGUGAGAACAGGACGUAGUAUCCGGGGUUUAAGUCUUCCCCCCGCCUGCACCCGAGCGGAGCGCAGGGAGGUGGAGAGGGUGGUGGUAGAUGCUUUGGCCGGCUUGAAGGGAGACCUGACCGGGAAGUACUACAGUCUCACCCAGAUGACAGACAAAGAGCAGCAACAGCUCAUCGAUGACCACUUCCUGUUUGACAAGCCUGUGUCACCCCUCUUGACGUGUGCAGGCAUGGCUCGUGACUGGCCUGAUGCUCGUGGUAUCUGGCACAACAAUGACAAAACAUUCCUGAUUUGGAUCAAUGAGGAGGAUCACACCAGAGUCAUCUCCAUGGAGAAGGGAGGGAACAUGAAGCGGGUCUUUGAGAGGUUCUGCAAAGGCCUGAAGGAGGUGGAGCGUCUAAUCCAGGAGAGAGGCUGGGAGUUUAUGUGGAACGAGCGCCUCGGUUACAUCCUCACCUGCCCGUCCAAUCUGGGCACAGGGCUCAGGGCCGGGGUCCACGUCAAACUGCCCCUGAUGAGCAAGGAUCCUCGCUUCAGUAAGAUCCUGGCCAACCUGCGUCUGCAGAAGCGAGGGACAGGUGGUGUGGACACGGCUGCUGUGGGCGGUACUUUCGACAUCUCCAACCUGGACCGCCUGGGACUGUCUGAGGUCCAGCUGGUGCAAACGGUGGUGGAUGGCGUCAACUACCUGGUCGAGUGCGAGAAGAGGCUGGAGAAAGGCCAGGACAUCAAGGUGCCCCAACCCCUUAAGCAGUUCAAGUAGACCCCUACCCCUGAACUCACCCCCACAAACCUCUGGGCACGCACACUCAUGCACAAACCCCCCCCAGUGCCCUAAGAUAUUAUAAAUAUCUAUGUCAUUGCCUCAUUUAUUACUACUUCUACUUACCUACUCACCCCUCCUCUCAAUAUACCUCUCUUAUAUCAUCUAAAUGUACGCGCAAAUAUCUGGCUAAACCCCACAGAGUAACACAAAACUGCAUUCGACUUCAGUGUGUUUGAUAUGCAUUUGAAGGAUUUAAAUCUGAAAUAUAAACCCUGCUCUAUUGUGGCAGCAAACAUUCAUGAAGGAUGCAGAAGACUGCAGGCUGUAACGGAGCAAAAAUGGCCUCCAGUAUCUAUGCAUGUCCAACCAGUAUCUAUUGCUCUCUUUUCGGCCCCCCCUGGCCUGGCCUUCCCCUGCCCCUCUCUCCUGACGCAUGUCCUAUACUCAGCCUGUCUCUUCCCCCCUCUCAGUCCUAUGUGUUGUUGGCUCAUGACUACUAUCUGGUGCUUUUGAAGUUCAUCCAUUUGUGCUUUAUCUCCAUCGUGGAUUGUGUUUCUUCUCACCAUUCUGAGUGGAUUUGAAUGUAGGUGAACAGGGUAAGACUGAGGAGACUUGUGAUGUUGUGUAUGUUUGAUGACACACUGGUGUCAACAUGUGAUGUAAUAAUAUCACACACUGGCCGGGCUGGGUUCUGUACUGUAAGCUACUGAAGCAAUAUCAUUCCAGCUCAUUACUGAAUGUGACACCAUAAAGUCUUUUUAUUAAAGAAAUCAUGUAUUUAACAGAA